CGCUUCCCAUUCCCAGCCCGACAUUCCUUCCCCCUGGUAGAGGGGGAAAAAAAGUCUUUACACCGACCUGGAGAUUGUCCACGUUUACAACAUUCAGUCACCGCUGCCCUGAUACACAUCUGCAGCUCGGAGCCUCCACGGGUGGAGCGCACAUCCAAAUACCUUCCAUUCCACUGCGCUAUCUUUUCUUCCCUUUUCUUAACCCUGUAAGGAAAAAAAAAGAAGUAGAAGAAAAUGUUUGCCUUCUGCAUUGUCUCCUUUUUCCUCUCUUCUUCGUGGUCUUCCGUGGAGUGCAACCCCAGUCCUGUGCUGGCAGAUGUAGUCGUGGACAGACACUUCAUCCCCAAAGUCUGCGCCAGAGAAGCGAAAGAGGGAGAUUACGUCCGCUAUCACUACAACGCCACAUUCCUCGACGGGAAAACAUUUGAUUCGAGCCAUGAGAAAGGAGCAGCCAAAGUCGGCCUGAUCGGGGAGGGUCGGCUCAUCGCAGGCAUAGAUAAAGGCCUGCAGGGAAUGUGCGUGAACGAGCGCAGGAAAAUCACCGUGCCACCGCACCUGGCCUACGGCAGCACCGGCGCAGGUGACGUGGUCCCUCCAGACACCACCCUGGUGUUUGACAUCCAUCUGCUGGACCUGUGGAACAAGGCCGACCUGGUCAUCACCAACACCGUCACCACUCCCAAGGACUGCAAGCGCUCCGUGAUGCGCACCGACUUCGUGCGUUACCAUUUCAACGGCACGCUCCUCGACGGCACCACCUUCGACUCCAGCUACAUCAGGAAGCAGACCCACAACUCCCUGGUGGGCGAGGGCUGGAUGAUCAAGGGCAUGGACGAGGGUCUGCUGGGCAUGUGUGUGGGAGAGAUCAGAAAAAUCGUCAUCCCACCUUUCAAAGCCUACGGAGAAAAGGGAUCAGGUACUGAGAUCCCCCCACAGGCGACUCUGGUGUUUGACGUCCUCCUGGUGGACAUCCACAACCCCAAGGACAACAUAACGGUUGAGGACCAGGUGGUGCCCGAGUCAUGCACCCGCAGGUCCGUGGCGGGGGAUUACAUCCGCUACCACUACAACGGCACCUUCCUGAACGGGAUCACCUUCGACACCAGCUACCAGAGGAACAGCACGUACAACACCUACAUCGGGAUGGGGUAUGUGAUCGCCGGGAUGGACCAGGGCCUGCUGGGGGUCUGCAUAGGGGAGAGGAGGAGGAUCACCAUCCCUCCACACCUGGCGUAUGGAGAGCAGGGGGCAGGUGAUGUGAUCCCUCCGUCCGCUGUCGUCGUCUUUGACAUCCACGUCAUCGACUUCCACAACCCCAGCGACAAAGUGGAAAUCAAGAUCAUCCACAAGCCGGAGGACUGCAACGAGACCACGGCGGCGAACGACCUCGUCCACUACCACUACAACUGCACCCUGGUGGACGGCACCAAGCUCUUUUCCUCACACGACUACGACAACCUCCAGGACGCGGUGCUGGGCGCGGACAAAGUGAUCGACGGGCUGGACGAGGGCUUACGGGGCAUGUGUCUGGGGGAGAAGAGGCUGAUUACCGUCCCACCUCAUCUUGGACACGGGGAGAAAGGAGCGACCGGCGUGCCGAGCAGCGCCGUGCUGGUCUUUGACGUGGAGAUGGUGACCUUUGAGAAGGGUGUGCCGCCCGGCUACCUGUUCGUCUGGCUGGAGGACAGCCCCGAGGACCUCUUCAAAGCCCUGGACAUUAACAAGAAUGAAGAGGUGCCACUGGAAGAGUUCGGGGAGUUCAUCAAGGUGCAGGUGGAAGCAGGAAAAGGUCGGAUAAAACCGGGACUGACCAUGGAGCAGGUCGUCGCCGACAUGUUCCACAACCAGGACCGAAAUAAAGACGGAGUCAUCACGCCCAACGAGCUCAAACUAAAGGUGGAGGAGGACCAAGAACGGGAACAGGCGAUGCACGAGGAGCUGUAACGAGGACAAAGCGCUUUCGUUCUCUCAGGGAUAAAACCCCCAACACCUUAAAUUGCUUUAUUUCAGAAAAAAUUAAAUUAAAAACAAAAACAAGCAACGAGAGACGUUUACCACACAGAGUCACGGUUUAAUAUUUUCUGAACCACAAUGGACAUGGUCUUACGAAAUGACAAGAAAAUAGUGCAGAGGUUGUUUUUUUUCUGUUUGUUUUUUUGAGUGUGUUGUAUGAGUGUUUGAUUGCUGUAUUUCAGAAAACCAAACAAGCACCUUUAAUUUUCCCUGAAAAACACAUUGAUUAAAAUGUUUGUUAAAAAACUGUCGGUUUUUCUAUUUUAUGUCUGAACAGAAUCGUUUGAAAUAACUGUUCAUUCAUGAUGCAAACUUUAAAAAGCCGCAGCAUGAUUCUUCUGUCUAUGUAAUAACAGUCUUACUGUCAUAAGUUUGCACUGCAGGAAAUUACUAGUAACUUGACUCUUUUAGAUUCGAUACGACUUUACCUGCAAUUUGGUUGUGAACAAUAAACGAGAACUGUGCCUUAAGUUGA